AUGGGUGAUUUUCUAAGAAGGGACCUGAAGGUGAAUUGUGGAGAUUUGCUGUUGCUGAAACUGUUGGUGUUUUUGAUCAUCCUCUAUCGAUUAAGCUUGGACAAUCUACGCAUACCAAGAGAAAACUUGUUGAAUUCGGUUGCUGACGUGUCACCUGAUGGGCAAUAUUUGAGUGCAAUAAAAGAUCCAGAUCAGCGAUUUGGAGCCUUUAUGGCCCCAUUAACAACUAGCCGGAUACCUACUGCCGUUGUUGCAAUGAACGCCACAAAGAUUGGUUUAGCGAUUACAAUAAGGUACUCAUUGACUAGGCGAGCCUUUUCAAUUAGACCAAAUGAACCAGAAGUUCUCCUACUUGAUUAUCCCAGUCAUCAAAGGCGGCUCAUACCUCUUAUAGCAAAAACAUAUGCUAUGAGUUUUGCUUCCAACUAUUUGAUGAUAUAUGUGAAAAGAACACCCGAAUCAAUUAAAACAGUUCAUGUCGUUUCUAGUGCACUCAAGGGAUGUCGAGAAGCUUGUGGUGGGCAAGGUAUUAAGACAGAAAAUCAUGUUGGUCAUUUAAAAAGCGAAUAUGAUGUGCAGUUGACUUUUGAAGGUGAUAAAAAUGUUUUAAUGCAACAGGUUAGCAAGGCAUUACUAGUAGAGAUUUUGGCAGCUAAGAAAAGGAACAAACCAAUUAAAGUUUUGGGACUAGAACACUUGAACAAACCUACUCCAGUUAUCCUUUCUCACCUUACAAGCUCUACCCUCAGAACCAGUCAGCAGCAGAUUGACAUUUUUUGCUUACGGGAGAGAGAUUUGUUGCAACGUUUUGUAACAGAAGUAUCGGGAGAAGGUAAACAUAUUUUUACAGUGAUGUAUCAACUUGCUGAGGAUGUGGGGAGAGCCUUUGCAGAUCGAUUAGUUCUACAAACAUUUGUUGAUGUUGAAGCAAUUGUUCCAGUCGGCUUUUUGAAGGAUGUGUUGGGGUUAAUGAGGUCAAUGUAUGUGAUGAUUGUGAUGGAAGAAGAUAGUUCAUUUAUGAGAUAUGGCUACUUAUCAAUAGACAAUGCUGCAGUGGUUAGGAAAGAGGUUCUGAAGCUAUGUAGGAAGUUAAGACCACAUGCACUUGCAUUGGUGAGUUCGUUUGGAAUCCCUGAUGCUUUCUUGGGACCUAUAGCUUUCAACUGGAUCGAUGCCAAUGUGUGGUCUUUGGUUUAA